GCUAACAAUAACAUGAAUGAAUGAACGAAUAUUAAGGCAAUAUUCUUGUUCCAUUGAAGACCCACGAGCUUGUUUCCUCCUUUUAAUGCAAAAAGAAUACUCCUUUAUAAACAAACAACUGGUUUACUUACACCAAAGAGAAGGCUGCUUUCCAGUCAAAACCCCAAAAAGUCUACUCUUUUUCUUAGCAGCAAGCAAAUGAUCGUUUGUUUGGCAAUUCCUGAAAGCUCUGUGUUGCUCCAAUGUAAAAAAGACAACUGAAGGAGGCUACUGGACUCUAAAUUGUUAAUCUUCUUGUCCAUCAGGCUGCUUGAAAUGGGAUCUGAAGCACGUGAAGGGGGUACAAUGCUGGGAUUGAGAACGACCCUGAGACACAAGCGUUCAAAGAGCUUCCCGGAUAAGAAAAAAAUUGAGGAAGAUAGAUUGUGCAGUCCACCGGAGGAAUCACCUCGGCUAAAGCUGGAUACUGGCCACUUGACGGAUACUGAGAGAGUCAAGAAGAAAAAAUCCCCCAACACUAGGGUCCAAAGUUCUUUGAAGCAAGAGAUUUUACAGCUUGAGAAAAGAUUACAAGAGCAGUUUGAUGUCCGUGUUGCUUUAGAAAAGGCAUUGGGUUAUAGAACAUCUGUUCAUCAUAACACAAAUGACGUCUCCAUGCCAAAGCCAGCCACAGAGAUAAUUAAGGAAAUUGCGGUGCUAGAGUUGGAAGUUGUACAUCUGGAACACUAUCUUCUCUCAUUAUACCGAAAAGCAUUUGAACAACAAAUAUCGACAGUUUCCCCAAUUUCAAAGGAUAAGAGGUUAAAGUUGCCUUUGGAUACCCCAAGAGGCAGCUUCCUGGAAACUUCUAGACUUGAUACCCCUUCAAAAAAGGAAAACUCUGCCACUCUGUCUGGUUACCAGUCACUCAAGAAUCCAAUGAAGGAAUCUAGUGUUACUGGAAGAGAAGAGAAGCAAUUGGAUUCCAGUGUUCAUUGUUGUCACUCAUCUCUUUCUCAAUAUUCUUCAUCUUUUAUUACAACUCCUCUGGUGAACCAGAAUAGAAGAACUUGCCCCACCCAUGAGUUGCUUAUCAGUCGAUUGGAAGAAGUGGACCCUAGGAAGUUGAAACAUGAAGAGAAGCUUGCUUUCUGGAUUAACAUACACAACGCACUAGUGAUGCAUGCAUUUUUGGCAUAUGGUAUUCCACAAAACAAUGUGAAGAGACUCUUUCUGCUAUUGAAGGCUGCGUAUAAUGUUGGGGGCCGCACAGUGAGUGCAGACACCAUACAACGUUCAAUUCUUGGAUGCCGGUUGUCUCGUCCUGGACAGUGGCUUCGAUUAUUACUUGCUAUGAGAAAAUUCAAAGCUGGAGAUGAACGGCAGGCUUAUACAAUUGAGCAUCCAGAGCCCCUUCUAUACUUUUCGCUAUGUUCAGGCAGCCAUUCUGAUCCUGCGGUUCGUGUUUACACCCCAAAAAGAAUAUUCCAAGAGCUGGAAACUGCAAAAGAGGAGUAUAUCCGCGCAACCUUUGGCAUACGCAAGGACCAGAGAAUUCUCUUACCAAAGAUUGUGGAAUCAUUUGCAAAAGACUCAGGUUUAUGUCCAGUAGGUGUUAUGGAGAUGAUCCAACAGUCUUUACCUGAAUCGUUAAGGAAGAGUGUUAAGAAGUGUCAAGUAGGAAAAUCUCGCAAGUCAAUUGAGUGGGUCCAACACAACUUCGCUUUCCGCUAUCUAAUAUCCAAAGAACUGGUUAGGUGAUUUCUUGAGCUCAUCGGCACUGUUCUAACUUUUUUUUUUUUUUUUUUUUUUGUCUGGAGAUGAUUUAUGUUUUUUUAUUGUACAAAGUAGAAGAUGAAGCAAGAAAUACAAGGAUGGGAAAGUAUCUGUUAUUUCUGUAGGAUUGUGAAAGAAGUAUGAAUGUGCAUUAGAGUUGUGUAAAUACAUAUUUGUUGGCAUUUUCUUA